AUGUUAACAACAACAUCAACAGCAGUUUCAGUCUCGAGCGGAACUGAUUUUUAUUUCAAUUCUCUCCUCGGUAAAGUAUACACGACCGAGAAUGAAGAUGACACAAAUAAUAAGAAUAGAAUAUGUUUUACAUUGGACGGACAAAAAUUACUUUCACCUGUAGGAAAUCGUAUUACUUCGGUGGAUUUUGCUUCAAAUUCUAGUAAAACAAGUUUCUAUGGACACAAGUAUAAUAUUCAAUCAUUUUGCUUACUUCAUAACAAUAGAGCAGUUUGUACAGUCUCUCAAGAUGGUACACUUACAUUGUUGAGUUAUCCUAAAGGAAUUAUUCUGUCAAAAUUCGACAAGUUUUUAGAACCUCGUGUAGAUAGUGUUGUACCAUCACCAAAUGGGGAUUUGGUUUGUUUCCUAGGAUCUAAAUGUUCAAUUUACAAAUUCCAAUCAGCAGUAAUGAACAAUCAAGAUAAUUCAAUGCUUCAUCAGACUUCUUCUAGACCAAUCAAAUUGGGUGAUGUUAAGGAAGCUGUUUGUCAUACUUGUGCAGAUUGGAUUGAUUCAAAGUUUAUUGCAGUCGGAACCAAUGAUGGUAUUGUACAUGUUUACAAAUUAGAUUUAGAACAAAGUGGAGUUGAAAUGGUGGAUCUUUUCUCAAAUCAUCAUAUAUUAUCUGGUAAUAAGGAUGAAAUUGUUGGAUGCUUUUUCGUUUUUAACAAGCAACAUAGAAAGAAAAAUCCAGGUCAAAUUUAUUCACUUGAUGCUAAAGGUUGUUUCCUUCACUGGUCUUUUAACUCUGCAAAGAAGCAAUGGCAAAUUAUUAAGAAGGUUGAUUUAACUUCCAAGACUGAUGCUUCAAAGAAGAAUAAGCAAAAUAGAGGUGAUGGUAAAAUGAGAAUCAAGUGUUGUAGUUAUCAUCCAACAUCAAAUUUACUUGUUUAUGGAAUUGGUCAUGCUGGAUGUUUUGAAAUUUAUGAUAUUGAAAAUGAUCAAAUUAUUUACAGAUUGGGAAAGCCACACAAUAUUGAUGGCAUUCAAUUUUUAACAUCAUCUUCCACUAUUGAACAAAUGGUCAAGAAUAAUCAAUCAACACCAUCCAUAACUGUUAGAGAAGAAGAUGAAGAUACAGAUAUCAAGACAGAUAUUACAUUACCAAACAGUACAUGGAUUGCAUUCUCUAAGGAAAAUCAACUUGCUGUAUUUGAUUAUGAAAGUGAAACAUUUAUUUAUAACCAAUCCAACCACUCUUCACAAAUUACAACAUCAUGCUACAAUGAAAAUGGUCAACUCUUAGCCAGUGGUGACUAUCAAGGAACAAUCAAAGUAUACUCAACCGAGAAUAAUCAAUGUUUUUGCAAUUUACCAAAUGCUCACUCUGGUCCAAUAACUGGAAUGAUAUUCAGUAGACCUCCUGGAUCAAGAGAUGCUGCCUUAUAUACUAGCAGUCUUGAUGGUACUGUUCGUGCCUUUGACGUUCUCAGAUACAAACAAUUUAGAAUGUUUACCAGUGUUGAUGCUGAAGGUUUUUCAUGCUUAACAGUUGAUCCUAGUGGUGAAAUUGUUAUUGCUUCUGGUUCUACAUCUUAUAACAUUUACAUGUGGAACGUUCAAACAAAUCAAUUACUUGAAGUUAUCAAAUCUCACACUGCUCCAGUUACUCGCCUCCAAUUUACAAUUGCCAACGAAUCGACACUCAUUUCAAGCUCUUGGGAUAAAUCAUGUAAACUGUGGAAUAUUUUUGGUUCUAAACAAGCUGCUGAACCAAUAGAAUUUUCAUCUGAAAUUUUGGAUGUUGCUGUCAGACCAACUGAUGGUGCUGAACUUGCAGCUGUUGUUAUGAAUGGUGAAGUUCAAUUCUUUGAUAUUUUGAACGUUAAAUCACUUGGAUACAUUGAUUGUAAGAGAGAUAUUCAAACACUGUUUACCAAUCCUAAUGGUGAUUACUUCUCCUGUAUUUCAUAUACUGGAGAUGGUCAACAUGUUCUCUGUGGAGGUAAAUUCCAACCAUUUGUUUGCAUGUAUAAUGUUAAACAAAAGGUUUUGAUUAAGAGAUUUAUUGUCAGUUUCAACAUGUCUCUCGAAGGAAUGUUCGAUAUGGAUUUGUUGAAUCCUCUCAUUAAGAAGAUUAGAGAUGACAGAAAGGAUACAAGAAAGAGUGGUAAUAAGAGUAAAAAGAUUGGUGAACAAACAAUUCCAGGUAACCAAUUGGAACUCAAACCAAAUAUUCAAGUUGAUAGAAUUUGUGUCAGUCCAACUAAUUCCGAGUUUUCCAUUGUUUCUCCAAAUGAAGGUAUUUUGAUUUUCAGUAAUGCUUCUAAGGAAGGUUCAUUCCAACCAUUGGAUAUUGAUCCAUCUAUAACUCCAGAAUCGAUCAUGAAACUUUUGGAAGAAGAAAGCUACACUGAAGCUUUUAUCAAUUCCAUCAGAUUGAACGAACCUUCCAUUUUGGUCAAAGUUUUCAAUGCUAUACCAGUUGAUUCAGUUCCUUUAAUUGUCAGAUCUAUUCCAGAUAAUUACCUUGAUAGAUUUUUGCAAUUCCUCUCGAGGGAAACUAAUGAUUCUACGAGAAUUCAAUUCUGUAUGGUUUGGCUCAAGUCAGUGUUAGCUCAAAGAAAACUGACUGGAACUUCUCAUGGAGCAAACUUUAGAUCUCUGGUCAGAGUUUUGCAACAAAAGAUGGCCACACUCUCCUAUCUCACUCAACAAAAUCAAAACACUUUGAAUUAUUUGGCCAGUUUCACAAAACCAAAGAGAAAUAUCAUUGAGGAAGAAAAGGAAAGAAAGAAGAACCUUCCAAAGGAAGAACCUAAAUCUGAAGAAACUCCUGAAGAACAAAAACUCAAGUCUAUGAUUAAAUCUAAGAAAUAAAUCAUUUAAAAUAUUUCAAA